UAUAGCUGAGUGUCUGAUUUGUAGUACAAACUACAUUGUACCUCUACAAACCACAACUCACAAUGUCAGAUCGAGGCGCCUUCGACACCAAUGUGGUUACACUGACCAGGUUUGUCCUGGAAGAGGGUCGGAAGGCCAAGGGGACAGGAGAAUUGACCACGCUGCUCAAUUCUAUGUGCACAGCCAUUAAAGCUAUCUCCUCUGCUGUCAGAAAAGCAGGAAUUGCUAACUUGUAUGGCAUUGCAGGAAGCACAAACGUAACUGGAGACCAAGUAAAGAAACUGGAUGUCUUGUCCAAUGACCUGGUCAUCAACAUGAUCAAGUCUUCCUUUACUUCUUGUGUGCUGGUUUCUGAGGAGAAUGAGAAAGCCAUUAUUGUAGAGCCAGAAAGAAGGGGUAAAUAUGUAAUUUGCUUUGACCCUCUGGAUGGAUCUUCAAACAUCGACUGUCUAGCAUCAAUUGGAACUAUUUUUGCCAUUUACAGAAAGGACAAUGACAGUGAACCCACAGAGAAGGAUGCUUUGCAGGCUGGUAGAAACAUUGUUGCUGCUGGUUAUGCCCUCUAUGGCAGUGCCACCAUGCUGGUUCUCUCCACAGGUGCAGGGGUCAACAGCUUCAUGCUCGACCCAGCUAUUGGGGAAUUUAUUUUGGUGGACCGGGAUGUUAAGAUUAAGAAGAAGGGAAAGAUCUACAGUCUUAACGAAGGCUAUGCUCAGCAUUUUUACCCAGAUGUCACAGAGUAUCUACAAAAGAAAAAAUUCCCAGAGGAUAGCAGUUCACCCUAUGGAGGACGCUAUGUGGGAUCCAUGGUAGCUGAUGUUCACAGGACACUGGUCUAUGGAGGGAUCUUCCUGUAUCCAGCUAACGUCAAAAGUCCAAAGGGCAAGCUGAGGCUGCUUUAUGAGUGCAAUCCUAUGGCCUUCAUCAUGGAGCAGGCAGGAGGAAUGGCCACCACUGGAGACAGGAAUGUACUGGAUAUCCAGCCUGAGAACAUACACCAGAGGGUUCCUAUUGUGCUAGGUUCCCCUGAUGACGUAAAAGAGUAUAUUUCAAUUUACAAGAAGCAUGCUAAGUAAAACAUCCAUGGGUUAUCUAUAAAUCACUAGCCACAGACCCCUCCACACUUUAAAAAAAAACAAAACAGUAAAGACAACCUAAAGCAAAAAAGCUGUAGUAUAAAGUAUAACUGGGAUCUAAAAUAGAGAGCGGAAUAUACAUUAUCUGGAAUGUGUUGCAUUGGUUGUGUGGAGUUACCCCAGUCAUCUCACCUUCUUGUAUUAUAUCAUUUUGUUAAUGAAUGUGUGUAUUUGAAACAUCCCUGGUCACAUCAAGCACUUUCCACUAUUCGCAUUAUGUGCCAUAACCAUGUAAGCAUGAAGGGUAUAUUUUGAAUUUAAAAAAAUAAUAAAAACAUUACAAACACAUUGGAAUAGAUAAAAGUUACUUCAUAAUUUUCUUAAUUUUGCUUACCAGAGUCAUCAGAGAUUCUCUUUCUUGCUGGGAGGCACUAAACCUGAAGGUGGCAGUAGUCUGUCACAGUUCCUUCUUUAUGUAGGUUUACUUUACAGAUGUGGUUGAAGUUUUAUCUUUGGUGAAAAUGUGCUGGUACUUCAGAAAAGUUAAAAAUCAGCUGGAACCUUUCAGUAGUCUAUGCAUGUCGAACAUGAGCUUAUCAUUAUUACCUUAAGAUUUGGUACAGUAGGAAUUCAACAUAAAGCAUAAAGUAAAAAAGGGGGAAAAAAAGAAAGCUAAAUAUUAUUCCAAACUAUAGUUAUUAUACAGCAGGUGAAAUAAGUAUU